AUGCUCGACGACACCGACACCCCGCAGGGCACCGUCACCGGGCCAGGCCAGGUCAUCGCUGACGCUCACCGCUGGAUGAGGGGACACGGCACCUACGUUCACGACGACCAGGUCCUCGCCAGCGUCGCAGGCACCCUCGAGCGCGUAAACAAGCUCGUCUCGGUCCGACCGCUCCGGACAAAGUACCGCGGCGAGGUGGGCGACCUCGUCAUCGGCCGGAUAGUCGAGGUCGGGCCCAAACGGUGGAAGGUCGAGACGCAUGCCUCGCAGAACGCCGUCCUCAUGCUGUCGUCGAUCAACCUGCCCGGCGGCAUCCAGCGCCGCAAGCUCGAGUCGGACGAGCUCCAGAUGCGCACCUUUUUCCAGGAGGGCGACCUGCUCGUCGCAGAAGUGCAGGCCUUCUUUGGCGACGGCGCCAUGUCGUUGCACACUCGCUCGCUCAAGUACGGCAAGCUCAAGAACGGCCAGCUCGUCACGAUCCCGCCCUCGCUCGUCCUGCGGCAAAAGUCGCACUUUCACUCGCUCGCCGCGCUCGGCGUCGACCUCAUCAUCGGCCUCAACGGCUACGUGUGGGUGAGCAAGACGGUGCAGAAGGAGGUCAGGAUGGACGGCGAGGAGGCUGGCUUUGGCGAGGAGAGCGGCGAGGGGGUCUACAGCGGCGAGAACGAGGACAUACCGCCCGCGACCCGGCUCACCAUCUCGCGCGUCGCGCUCCUCAUCACGCUCCUCGCGCGCUACUGCGUCCCGCUCUCGGCCGACCUCGUCCUCGACGCGCACGACGCCGCCAUCGCGCUCGUCGGCGACGGCGCCGACGGCCUCAGGAGGCUCGCGAGGCCAGAGGUCGGCGACGAGGUGCUGCGACGGGUCGCGCAGGGGAGGGAGUAG